AUGGUAUUUCAGUUUUCGUUAGACAAAAUAACGACUAAAUAUCUUCCAGGAAAUCAAGUUGAAAAGCUACCCAAAGCCUUCAGGAGAUUUUUAGGUUGCCAUAGUCCACCUCCCAAGGCAGAUUAUUGGGUGUGGCUAGAAGUCUUUAUUUCAACAUUCAGUGGAAUAGCACUAUUAGAAGGCGUUUUCAAAAGCCAUAAAACUGUUUUCUUUCCGCAUAAUGCACCGAUGAUCAUUGCAAGUUACGGAGCUACGUCAAUUUUGUCUUUCAACACGCAUGAUUCACCAGUUGCGCAACCCAGAAAUAUCUUAUUCGGGCAUUUUGUCUCUGCUUUAACUGGUGAAUGUAUUACAAAAUUAUUUUCAUUGUCAAGUAGAGGGCGCUCCAACUACUGGGCAGGAGGAGCUUUAAGUGUAUCAACUGCGUCUGUCUUAAUGUCAUUAUUCAACUGUGUGCAUCCUCCAGCUGGAGCUUCUGCACUAUUGCCUUCGACAAAUGAAGAAGUGAGAUCAAUGGGAUGGUGGUAUUUGCCAGCGCAUUUGGUGUCUUCAGUUUUGAUAAUUAGCGUUGCAUUAAUUACGGGAAAUAUAAUCAGAAGGUAUCCAGAACACUGGUGGUAUGCGGGACCUGCAGCAUCGAGUAAAAAUGAUGAUAUCCAUGAAAAACUGGAGGAAGAAUCAACACAUACUCUUAACGAAGAUAUUCAAUAUAUCCAGGGUUCAAGAGAAUUUGAAAUUAGAGGUAAUCAAAUAUUUGUUCCUGCUCAGUGCACUUUAAGCAAAAAGGAGGUGGAGUAUCUUGGAAGCUUACAAAGUAUAUUAAAAGAUUUACCUUUUGACAAUGAAGUUUAG